UAGGUUCAUUUAGUGAAUAUGGAAUAACAGGCAUGCUGCAAGCAUGUAGUUAUGUAUUCUUUGCAUAUGUGGGUUUUGAUUCAGUAUCAACAGUAGCACAGGAAGCAAAGUCACCAGAGAGAUCAUUGCCAAUUGCCAUUAUUGGGUCAACAAUUAUUGCCUUGCUACUUUAUGUUGGAGUAUGUACUGUUAUGGUUGGACUUGUUCCAUACGACUUAUUAAACUCAGAUAGUCCUCUUGCUGAAGCAAUAAAAGCUACACCAUAUGGUCUUUGGUUAUCAAUUGUUAUGAAUUUAGGUGUCAUUGCUAGUCUUACAACUGUAGGAUUGACGGUAAUGCUCUCACAAACUCGAAUAUUUUAUGCAAUGGCUCAUGAUGGUUUACUACCACCAAUCUUUGCUAAAAUUCAUCCUCAAAUGACAACUCCAUGGGUUUCUAUAUUGAUUAGCGGUGCAUUUUGUGCUGUUUUUUCGAGUAUUUGUCCAGUAGAUAUUUUUGGUGGAACAACCUCUAUUAGCGCCCUAAUUACAUAUAUUUUUGUACAUAUUAUAGUCAUAGUGAUGCGCUAUACACAUAGAGAUAUUUCACGAGCAUUUGAAGUGCCGUUUGGUUCAUGGUUGAUUCCGACUGUGGGAUCCUUACUUUGUAUUCUUCUUAUGAAAUGUAUAACAAAAGCAACAGGUUUUCGAUUCCUUGCGUGGACAGCAUUAGGUCAAAUUAUAUAUUUUUCUUAUGGUUUUUGGCAUUCUAAACAACGAAUAUUAAGAAAAAGUAAAUCUGUCGUAGGUUCGGUCGAAUCUCUACGAACAGUAGAAGAUAUCAGGGAACAAUAUACUUACAAUGGACUUGAAUUGGAUUUAGCUAGUGAAAAUACUAAAAGUGGAGUAUAA